GACGAGUGCUAUCAAUCCGGCUCCUGGGUUCUGUAGAUACCGCUGGGGUUUUUCAUCUUGUGCGAUCGGAAACGCGCCGGUGCGUCACUUUUCUUUUUUUGUGUGUGUGCAAAUUUCGGAAGAAGACUAACUACAAACCGGAAUACUUGGGGAUAAUUUGGAGCGUGGAUCCGUUUACACCGUGACACAUGGGUUAUGAAGGAAGAAUGGAGUUCCCAGACCAUAGCCGCCAGUUGCUGCAGUGUCUGAGUCAGCAGCGUCACCAAGGUUUCCUCUGUGACUGCACUGUUCUUGUCGGGGAGGCUCGAUUCAAAGCGCACAGAGCCGUGCUGGCCUCCUGCAGCAUGUACUUCCAUCUCUUCUACAGGGACCAGCUGGACAAAAGGGACGUUGUGCAUCUCAACAGUGACAUUGUGACAGCCCCGGCUUUCAGUCUGCUCCUUGAAUUUAUGUAUGAGGGGAAGUUGGAAUUCAGCUCCCUCCCGGUGGAGGAUGUCCUGGCAGCAGCCAGUUACCUCCACAUGUAUGAUAUAGUGAAAGUGUGUAAAGGCAAGCUUAAAGAUAAGGAGCUCUCCUCUCUGGAUGAAAAGAUGAGCGAGGGUUUGGGACUCAGCUGUCUGGACAGGGAAAAUUCCUCAGAAGACGAGCUGCACAGUAAGCAGCUCAUCCGGCGACAGCCCCAGACACAGUCUCAGGGGCUUCACAGGGCCCCCCCUGCACAAGAGUUUGACAUGGACAACAGCGAAGUCAGGCUGGCUGUCACAGAUUGUGAUAGGUCUGCACGGAGCAGGCAGAAGGCAAACGGUCACUCUGGCAGGUCCCCGGACCUUGUAGGUGUCAAUUAUUUGUCAGCAGAGGCCGAGCCCUGCGUCCAAACAGCUGGAAAAACAAAAGCUGAUGUCAGUAGUUCCACCGUAUCGCUGUCCCAGAGGUCCCGGGCUUCAGAUGACAUGGACUGUGCACUGGAUUUGUCUUUCAAGCCUCUGUCUAGCAGAGAUCCCUUACACCCCUCCUAUGUCUCGGGACAGCUGGCCCUCGACAGCCAGCAGCAGGGCACUGAGCCACUUGUUAAAGACGAACACGACUUGCUGUCAGAGCAGGAGGACAGUGAGCCGAUGAGCCCUGAGAGCCAGCGCUUUGGGAAUAGUGCCAGGAGCUCAGUGGUGACAGGGUUCGCUGCCCUCUUCCCAGGCAACAACGGCUCCACAGCCGCCCUGCUCUCCCAGGAGGAGGACCUGAUGGACGAGGAGGGGGAGGCCUGCAGAGGGAGGGAGGGCGCCCCGGGCAGGGAGGUAGAGGAGAGGAGGGGAAGGCUGCUGGGGGACAGCGAGGAGGAGGAGGAGGACGACUUGGCCUCUUCAGACAUCUCCACCUCCAGCGGGGUGCUCCUGCCCCCGGGGCAACAGGUGUGUGUGUGCCCCCUCUGCAGCAAAGUCUUCCCCAGCCCCCAUGUGCUGCAACUGCACCUCAGCUCACACUUCCGCGAGAAGGAUGGCGCCCGCUCCAAGCUGUCCCCCGAUGGCUCGGUCCCCACCUGCAUGCAGUGCAACAAGACCUUCUCCUGCAUGUACACCCUUAAGCGCCACGAGCGCACACACUCUGGCGAGAAGCCAUACACCUGCGGCCAGUGUGGCAAGAGCUUCCAGUACUCUCAUAACUUGAGUCGGCAUGCUGUAGUUCACACACGUGAGAAGCCUCACGCCUGUAAGUGGUGCGAAAGGCGCUUCACCCAGUCUGGGGACCUCUACCGCCACAUCAGGAAGUUUCACUGUGGCCUUGUCAAGACUCUCGCCAUUGGAUAAAACACCUCUCACCAGUGCCAUGACAUCUUUGCAUACAAUGAAUACUACUACUGAACACUUUCCCUGUUAGUACACACAUGUUGUUGGAGAUUAUCUCUGGAUUCUACCCCAUGUGGCAUUUCUCAAGUUAAAGAUGUAGCAAUGUUAAAAACUGGAGCGAUUUUCUGUGUCACAGUCAACAUCGCGAUGGUUGAAGGUGUUUCAGAUAAAUAUGGAUGCUGUGAAAUCUAAACUGGAUCCGAGGUGGACGAAGGUGAACAAAUCAGAAGAUGCACUUGUUUGUUUCUAUCUUGUCUGUUGAGUUACUUUGAGGAGUAUAUUUGCAUCCAAAUGGGUGAUAGCUAAUGCUAACAUAUGUUAAUACAAUCGUCAGUUUUAUUUGUGCACAUGGGAGAUCAGAACCGUCCAUAAGUAGCAAUAUAUGAUUUUUUUAACUCCUACAUUAUUAUUAUUAUUAUUAUUAUUAUUAUUAUUAUUAUUAUUAUUUAUUUUUUGGGGCGAUUUCUUUAGUCCUUAACAAGUAAACUAUCAUAAGGCAGCAAAAGUAAUGAAGUCUGACUACUGGAAGUAUAACUAUUUUCUUUUUUUUAAUGAAAGUAGAGUUUUUGUUUGGUUGAAAUGAAGAUGUUGUUUAUAUUGAGAGGCAGGCAGACCAUCAUAUCACCGUUCUUCUUUUGGGAUGGCCUUCUAAUUUUCUACUUUUAAAAAGAAGUUGUGUAAUCAAGAGGAGGUGUGAAGAAAUGCCUGUAAAACACUGGUGCCUACUUAAAUCCCUAACACUUUAGAUAUAUCACUUUGCCUUCUUGUGUUUUCUGGCCUUUUAAAAAAAAAUCGGGAUCACAUACCAGGUGGUAACAAAGGUAAUUGAGCCUGCUUAGUGAAAUAAUUUAAUAGAAUGUAAUAAAAGCACCUAAAUCAAGCUCUUAUCAAUUUAAAAUUCAUUGACUUGUUUGGGUUAGAAGCAUAAUAGUUGCCAGUAAAUUACCUUGUUAUUGCCUGGUAUGGCAUAAAGGGUACACUGACACGGUGUUGGGGUAAACCCUCAGCAGACGGAGAGGGAGGGAGACAGGUGGAUACUUUGUGCCAUUCAGCUCAAUUUGACUUUUCUUUUUUUUCCAAUUAACCGUCUCACAUCAUAUCUUCUUACUGUAUUUGUGUAUGUUACUACUGAUGAAGCCUUUAGUGAUGCUGUCCUUUGACAUUGAAAGAAUGUCUUUUUUUGGGGGGGCGGAUUUGUUCACACACAUGCUAUCUGGGGGCGUAGCACUAAAAGUUCAUGAUAUCUGUCUAAUCUGUCCUGAGAAGACUUGAUCAGAAUUUAUUUAUUAGUUUGACUUUGGUUCAGGGUUUAACUUGUAGGUGUACUUCUUAUUUUCUAUAAGCUUGAAAAAGACACCCGUCUUGCCUAGCGAUCUUUGGUACUCAUUAACUGUUUUUUAGGGGGGGAACUGUGUGUUCAUUUUUCUCUGUGCAAAUCGAGUUACUGUAAUUGUAUUUUAAUAUACCGUGUAGAAAUCUCAAGAUUUGUCACAUGGAGAAUAGAGAAGCACUUGUUUUUAGCAUGCAUAUAGUUUCAACACUAUUGUCUAGGCUGCUAUUUCUUACUAUAAUGUAUAUUUAAUGUAAAUAUAUAUUCUAUUUAUCAAACUGUUUUCGUUUUUCCGUGUUAUGACACAUGAGGUGUCUUAUUAAGGCUGCAGUCUCUUAAAGUCUUCCUCCAGGGAGUUCGGUUCCUCGUCCAUAUUUAAGAUUUGAUUGGACUCACUACAAAUCAGAACAGUUCACGCCGCUCUGGCUGCUGUUCUGCCACAGGAAACAUUUUUCACAAGCACAGCCACACCGAUACGGCACUGGCUACCUAUAGAAACAAGACAAUACAGGCAUUGUCCCCCCUCCCGCCACCACCACCACCACCACCACCACCAAAUCCCAGGUAGUUCUCAAGGGAUCAUUGUGUAUCUCUGCUGGCUGUCGGGAGAAAAGGCAGCACAAGUCUCUCUUUGCACUUUUCUGUAUUGAAUGGAGCCACUGGAAUGUGAGAAAUGUAUUUAGCAAAGGGAGACCAAGGACACUGUAAACAGGUGUAUUGUUUGGAGGCAUCAGAGCCCCCCCAUCCCAUCCCAGCAUGCAGUAGAUAAACGCUUCAUUGUUCCUCCACAUGGAGGAGAUACCAGUGAUUUGAUUGCACAUCCAUCAAGAGAAUAUCAGAGUAUGGUUUCCCCCAAGUGCUAGAUUAAGUAAACGUAUUGACUGAAAAUAAUAUGUCUGGCAACUGUGACAACACAGGUCAAAUGUAGGUGCUGACUACCUUUCCAUUUCAGCACCCUAAGGGGUCUUUUUGUUGUUGGUUUUUUUAUGUUAAUAAGUCAUCGAAACUUCUUUCAGGACACAAAAAAACCCACUUCACAUGCAAUGGUUUGUCAGCAUCUCUAAGGUAGGAGCCCUUGAAGUGGAGUGAGAGUCAAAUCAUUUCUCCCAGAAUUACACAAAAUCUCUACAAGAAAUGUGAUUUGUCUCACCUGUUAAGUUGCACAAACACUCCUGCCGCUCUCGCAUGCCCCGAGCGUUUAAUCACUUUUGGUUAGAACAAUAUAUUUCAGAUACAUAGCUAGUGUUAAUAAUGUAUAUUUCAAUCAGAACACGCAGGAAUGUAGAUUUUUGUCACGGUUUCAGUUUUUCUUUUUGAAGGAACAUUUCUUAUGUGGUGCAAAUGAAAUUGCUUGAUUCUCGAAUGUACAUGUGUACAGAGGUAGAAAAAACUAACGAUAUGUGAAGAAGUUUUCUCUUGUAUUGUUUGCAGUCUUUAUUUAUACCUCCAGGAUGAUCACCAAAUGUGCCUUGUAGACACACGGAUAGGUGUUGCAUCUGGAGAAGCCCUUUUUCUAUAUCGUACGUUCUAUUUUUGCCCUCGACUGCAGCGGUAAAGUUCACAUCACAUCGACAGAAGCCCUCUGAAGUGAUUCACAACUGUUGUUCCAACUGUUGUUUUUCUAACAUGUAAAAAAAAAAUCAAACAAACUAAAAGUCCAUUUAUUUUUUUGCUGCUUUGCGAGAGAUUACGUUUGAAAUUCAUUUGACCAUUUUUGUUCAUGUGAAUAAAUCUGUUUUGGGAUGUUGUUAAACUGAAAACAAGCAUUUUUUUUGUGAUUUUGGCUUUUUAUAGCCAUUACUACUGGGAACUUACAAUCUGUUCCUUUAGUUAGUGUCACUGUUGAAUGUGAAACACUGAGAUUUUGAUUGUUGACUUCUAUGGAAACAGCGCUGCUCUUGAUUGAGGGCUGUGUUUGCCUAACUCAUGCUGUAUUAUAAAAAAAAAAAAAAAAAAGACAUUACCGAUACUGGAAUUUUGUCCUCUGCAGGUUACAACUGUGAAAUUGUGUAUAAUCAUGAGAAAUAUUUAUUGUUGCAUUUGCUUCUUGUGCAACAUUUGACUGUUUCAGUUUUAAUUUGGUAAAAAAAACAAAAACAGUAAAAGCUUCUAAAUGUCAAAAGAAAAUCUUUUUAAUAGAAUUUGUAGAAGUGCCAUUAGAAUUUAAUAUAAUUUUUUAAUAAGAAAGGUAUAUUUUAUAGUAAUCAAUUGCUUCAGUGUUAGUGGUGUAGAGAUUAGAGGACAAUCUUUAUGCAGAAUUGACAUUGCUUAGAUAUUGAGGCAAUUUACUUUUGAUCUAUAACUGUAUGUGCAUUUUCUUUGUUUGCGCUUUUGGAGUGUGCUUGUGUGCGUGUGCUGUGAAAAUGUGACAAUCUUGAUUUAGGUAUUUCUUAAGAUUAUGCAUAGAAUUAAACUGAACAACUUUC